AUUUGUCAAGUGGCCCUCCUAAAUUCAUUUGUCGUCUCAGUCAACUUGGGUCAAGGAGUGCUUCCAGUCAUACCAAGUGCAAAGAUGAGUUUACUGCUGAUUUGGGCUCUUACCUUUACGGUCAUUUCGGCUAGACCACAGUUCUUUCCGUCCGAAUCGGUCGUGGAAGAUGAAAUCGAAGGGAGGCAUUUUAUUCAUAAUCAUCGUCGUCAUCCUUACAAUCAAGGGCGGCCAUUCAUAGGACAACGUCCCUUUGGAGGUAACUUCGAUUCUUUUGGCGGUCCACCCAAUGGUGGCUUGUUCUCAUCCGGAGCUGGAAAUUUCGGACCAAACAUGGGCGGCGGUUCAGCGACUGGUGUUGGAAUGGCAAAUUCAGGAGGAUUAUUUGGUGGAUCUUCGGCGGCUGGCUUUGGAUCGGCAAGUGCAGGAAACGGUGGAGGUUCAGCGAUUGGUUUUGGAUCAGCUAAUGCAGGAAACGGUGGAGCACAAGCUACUGGAAUCGGAAUGGCCCAAGCACCACUUGGUGGCUUUGGGAUGGGUGUUGGCCUGGCAGUUGUUACACCAUUUGGAAACAUAGCACAAGGGCAAGGAUUUUCUAUGGGCUAAUAAAAACAUUACUAAGAUAAAAUAACCUGUGUGUUUUGAUACAAACCUUGAUGAGAAUUUUGAUUUAAUAAAUUACUGAAGCAACAA